AUGGGAUCGGCGGCUGCGCUCUCAUGCAGCAGGGGCGGAGGCUUUGCUCCAGCAGCGAGGGCUCUUGGACGGCCGUUGGAGCCUUUGCUGCCAAGGCGAGGAUGGACGGCAGCAGCCGGUAGGCGAGCUGAGACCACGGUGGUUAUGCAGAUCCACCCCGAGGGAGGGCAGAGCCCGUGCAACAUCAAGGUGAUCGGCGUAGGCGGCGGGGGAAGCAACGCCGUGAAGCGAAUGAUGGAGUCCGAGAUCGAGGGCGUUGACUUCUGGUCGCUCAACACCGACGUGCAGGCGCUUGGCCGCGUGUACGGAGCCCGCACAAUGACUAUCGGCAAUACGAUUACGCGUGGCCUCGGCGCUGGGGGAGUUCCGGAUAUCGGGAGGCGGGCAGCAGACGAGAGCCGCCAGCAGAUCCAAGAGAUCGUCGAGGGGACGGACCUUGUUUUCGUUACUGCGGGGAUGGGCGGCGGGACAGCUAGGAGGCGUUUUCGGGCAGUCGGCUUUGCCCGCCGCCGAUGUGCCAGGGAUUUAGCGAUGCUCUUGAGACAGCGUGGGUGGCUGUCGUAA